UUUCGGACAAAUGGAUGAAUGGUUGAUUUCAAAUAGGAUGCAUGACCUACUGCUCUGCAACUGACUUGUUCAAAACAUGUGAUGCAAAUGUGACAUAGAGAUGAUCUCAUACGCGAAACUGGAGCCAAAUGCCAGAUGAUUAACCCUUGGAGAACUUAAAUUUUUGAUUUUCGAAAUGGAAAUUAUUUUACAAUUUAAGAUUCUCCUUAUAUGUUCGGAAUUUUCAUUUCUGUCUCUCUGACAACAGCCAUUAAUAGCCAGCCAGAGAGUAGCAAGUCGUCAAAUAACAAGAGAAAGCGAAAGAGGGUUGACCCAUCAAGAACAAGAACACAACAGUGACUCUUCGCCAUGGAUAGUGGAAAUUCAACAAGCAAAACUGCAGGGAAGCCGAUAAGAUGCAGAGCUGCCGUUGCUCGCGAGCCGGGGAAGCCUCUGGUCAUGGAGGAGAUUAUAGUGGCUCCUCCAGAGGCUCAUGAAGUCAGGAUCAAGAUUAUUUGCUCCUCUCUCUGUCACAGCGAUAUUGUCUUUUGGAAAAUGAAGGAUUUUCCGGCAAUCUGCCCAAGAAUUCUAGGCCACGAGGCCAUGGGGGUUGUGGAGAGCGUCGGCGACUAUGUAACUGAUGUCACUGAAGGAGAUGCUGUCAUCCCAGUAUUUUUGCCAGAUUGCAGAGAAUGUGGGGAUUGCACAUCCAAGAAGAGCAACUUGUGUUCAAAUUAUCCUUUCAAGGUCUCUCCUUGGAUGACUAGAUACGAGACAAGCAGAUUUACAGAUCUCCAGGGAGAGAUUUUACACCAUUUCCUAUUCGUGUCAAGUUUCAGUGAGUAUACCGUGGUAGAUGUGGCUAAUAUUGUAAAGAUCAACCCUGCCAUCCCUCCCAAUCGGGCUUGCCUACUGAGUUGCGGGGUGUCCACAGGGGUCGGAGCUGCUUGGAGAACUGCAAAUGUCGAGGCAGGAUCAACUGUGGCUAUAUUCGGGCUGGGAUCUAUUGGAUUAGCAGUUGCUGAGGGAGCGCGACUGUGUGGUGCGGCCAGAAUUAUAGGAGUUGAUAUAAAUUCUGACAAGUUUGAAGUUGGGAAAAAAUUUGGAGUCACUGAUUUUGUCAAUUCUAAAUGCUCCGAGGACAAACCUGUGAGCCAGGUGAUCAAGGAAAUGACUGGUGGGGGUGCAGACUAUUGCUUCGAAUGUGUGGGUUCGGCAUCCUUGGUGCAGGAAGCAUAUGCAUCCGCCCGAAAGGGCUGGGGAAAGAUAGUUGUUUUAGGUGUGGACAAGCCAGGAUCACAGGUAUGCCUUAGUUGUCUUGAAGUCCUUCAUGAUGGGAAGAUCCUCACUGGAGCCUUGUAUGGAGGUUUGAAAGCUAAAACGGAUGUUCCCAUACUCGUACAACGUUAUAUGGACAAGGAAUUGCUACUUGAUGAGUUUGUCACACACGAGGUGAAGUUUGAAGAAAUAAACAAAGCUUUUGAUCUACUUCUUAAAGGAGAAUCGCUCCGAUGCGUGAUUUGGAUGGAGAAAUGAGUAUGUUCUUUUCUCAUUUUAUCUUGUGCAAUAGCUACACCAGCAGGCACAGCUAUUGUUCUUGCAUUGUUCCGCCUACUUGUUGGGCACUUUUAUGCAAGGUUGUUUGUUCAAUAAGUUAAUGACUUUCAGGCUUCCAAAAACGGAAGUGUAAGGAAGAACACUUGACAAUUUCAGAUUAUUUGCAUUUAAAGGACAUGCAGUGGGCACUCCUUUGCAUCUAUGACAACAUAUAUAUAUAUGAAUGCACACAUACAAGCUAUUGUAUUUGACUAUGAAAACCAGAACAAGUAACAAAGCAUGAAUGAAAAGACAAAAACUUUAAAAUAAAACAAUAUGCCCAAAAAAGGAAGAAA